CUACCAAUUCCUACAGAUAGCAGCACCGAGGAACUUUUUACUAAUGGCCACCUCCUCUGCUAUUUGUGGUGUGUGUGCCAAUGUGGACUGAAUAUGAGUCAAAUAAUUGGGUACAUGCGAUGACAAUGUGUGGGCAUUGUUCGAAACCUUUUUGUAGUAAAUAGAACAUAGGAAUUAAGAAAGAUGUCUCAAGCGUUGUCAAGCAAUAGGAAGCGUGUUCGUAGCAACAACUGUGAAGAAGAGUGUUGUGAUUUUAUGCCGUUAUCAAAACGUAUUAAUAACCUCCACAUAAACAAUGGAAGUUGUUGUAAUGGCUUAGUUCACCCAGAGCAUUCAAAUUUUAAACAGGAUGGAGCAUUUGAAGAUUGCCACUCAGGAGAUGUGAAUGUAUUAAGUCAUUCCUCAGAUCCACUGCAAUUGCCGUUUUCAACUAUGCCUGAAAAUGUCAUUCAGCCUGGUGUAAAGCAUUUCGAUUUUCACAAUGGGGAAAAUAGCAAUGAAUCGUCUUCUUCAGUUAAUGGUUGGAUGAGUGAACAAGUUUUAUCAUUAUAUAGUCCAGACCUUGGUGCCACGGAUAAUCCUUUUUAUUAUGAAAAUAAUAAACUUCUCUUUGCUCUGUAUAUGGAACGAAUGCAACGUGUGUGUGUGUUGAAGCCUGAAGACCCCACCAUGAGCUUUACACCGAUUGGAACACCCUUUGCAGGGUCAAUUCCUACAGCUACUGUGCAUCAGUUGACUACAGCCAAGUUCUCACAUAAUGUGGCUACCAGUGGACAAGUGUUUUUGAGUGAUGGAGUGCAUUACCUUCCUAACGGUUUCACAGUUGCAACCACUCAGGGGGCGGGUAAUAACCAACAUGCGCAACCACAACAGACGUUGAUAACGUUGCCUAUUAGUAUUGCUGGAAAACCUGGGGAAGGUCAAACACAGCAGGCUGUUCAAAUUCAGGUUGUUAAUCCUAAUGCUGCAACAAUGGGUAGCAAUGGUACUGCAAAUAAUGUAUCUCCAAAGUAUCACAUUUCACCCAUAUCUUUGCAUCCGUUCUCACAAGGGAUAUUAACAGUGGCCUACAGUGGGCAACAACAGCAAGCAGGUAUGGAAACAGUGCAACUGCAAGUGCAUAAUCCUCAAAUUCAAGUGUCGCAGGCAUCCAGCAACACUCAAACUCAGGGGAGUGCAGAGGUUGCUAGCAGUAACUCGCAAACUCAGACGCAAACUACUUUACAACAGCAACAGCAGCAGCAGCAACAACAACAACAACAACAACAGCAAACCCAAACAAUUACUGUAACAACAGAUCCUGAAAAGCAGGAGCAACAGGCAUUUCCAGUUGCAGUUGUUGCACAUAUACCUCAGGAUCUUAUUUUGCGGGAUGGUAUUGGCACACUGGAGAUUGAAAAAGCAACACAGGAUCCUAGCAAAGAGACACUACAAGUUGCAAUUGUGAAGACAGACACAGAUAAAGAAACACAAGAGGAUUUUAAUGCUAAUGGUUCUCAACACACAACAGUUGCAGCAAUGCCUGCCACAUGGCAAAGCAUAGCUGCGCCAGGAUCUACUGUUGCUGAUUACCUUUCACGUCUACCUGCAUCCACCUUGCCCCUCAGCCUUCACCAUUUUUUAAAAUUUUCUGCUGAAACUAUAAAACGUGAAGCUGCAAUAGAAUCUUCUCCACUGUCAAAUCAUGAAGUGGUUGAAGCCACAGCUAAUGGAACAAAUACAGAGCCUGUUCCAGUUGCUGAUGGUACUGGUAAACCUAAAAGAAAGAAGAAAUACAAGAAGAAGCCACCGAAACCUCGUCGUCCAAGGCCAGGCCAGGUCCAUAUAGCCACUGCUCUUGAUGGAACCACCUUAUUUUGUUGUCCAGAAUGUCAUAUGGCCUAUCCUGAGAAAGAAUUAUUGGAACAACAUUUAGUGGGGCAUAAAAUUGAAAGGAGGUUCAUUUGCGAAAUUUGUGGGGCAGGACUGAAGCGCAAAGAGCAUUUGGAAAGGCAUAAACUUGGACACAACCCUGAUAGACCUUUUAUAUGCACAGUCUGUCUAAAAGGCUUUAAACGCAAGGAACAUCUUAAUCUUCAUUUUGUGAUACAUUCUGGAGAGAAGACUCAAGUAUGUACUGAAUGUGGAAAGGGAUUUUAUCGCAAAGAUCAUUUGAGAAAGCAUGCUCGAAGUCACAUUGCAAAACGAAUCAAAGAGGAAAUGAAUAAUCAGCAGCAAGCACAGCAACAACAGCAGCAGGUCCAAUCACAGGCUCAGCAACAAGUCCAGCAGCAAGCACAACAGCAACAACAACAACAACAGCAGCAGCAGCAACAACAGCAGCAGCAGCAGCAACAACAACAACAGCAGCAGCAGCAACAGCAGCAGGUCCAGUCACAAACUCAACAGCAAGAACAGCAGUCAUCUGCAGCAAUGGUUACAACAGUGGUUUUGCCUACAGCUGCUGAGACAGGAGCAAUGUUGCUGCAACAUCACCACUGAAUGAACUAUGAAUUCAGUGCGAAUUGGCCAUAAAAAAUCAUAUCGAAGUGUGCUGACAACAUUGGAAGAGGAAGUGAAUACAUUGUGUAUUUUCCUCUCCAGUGAUUUGUAAUGAACCACAGCGCAAUAUUUUUACUUUUAUUCAGGGUUUCUUUAUGGCUAGUUGACAUGGUUGUUUCAGCUUUACAGAUAAUUAUUUAUAUAUAGACCUUUAGAAUCAGAGGUAUUGUUUUGGAAAAUGUCACUUCUUAUGGUUGGUGUUGAACGUGAGGUGAAAUCUGUUUGUUAAGAAUAGUAGUGACCUAAAUAAAACAUUCUGCAGAUGUUAGAAACAUUUGUCUGCAUGGACCAGGUGAAACAACUUUCUAUGCAAGUUAUUUGGGAACAUCACACAGACCUCAAAGGUCUGACAUGAAGUGUAUAUUCAUCAUGAACUAUUGUUUUACACAUUCUGAAGGGUUUUACAAAUGGUGUUAACAAUGCUGUGUGUUAAUAUGCCAGGUCCACAACAUUAGGGCUUAUAGUUAUGACUGAAUUUUUAAAAUUAAAAGUAUAGCAUUAUUAUACUGUGGCAUUUAGCAGAUAUUUGUAAUGCAAUGAAAUGACUUACUAGAAAAUGUACCAAAAGAUGACUGUGUGAUGGCAAACAUAGCUUAGCAUGAAGUGAUUGGUAAAAUAUAAUUAUAUAUAAUCCACUUUUUUAGCAAAAUUACUCAGCAUUGUAUUUUUUUUAAUGCCAUAGAUUUUUAACUUAUAUUGCAAAGUCCAAAGUUUUUAUUUGAUUGCUUGUAUAGAUAUGUUUUAGCACAUUGUGCACAGUUCUUGUGGAAUUGCCAUAAUAUGUAAUGAAAACUAUUGUAUUUCUCUCCUAAGAUUAUAUGAAUUUUAUUUUGAUGUUGGUGAAGGUCAAGUUGAAAUUCAAGAUCUUGAAGGCAGUAAAACAUUUCAAAUCCCAAAACGGAUACUGCCAUGUAACUACCAAAGUUUGUAACAUGUCUCAAUUAUGUACAGGCUCUUUUCUGAGACAUACUUUUUCUAUUUCUUUCUUUGUAUUUUUUUACAUUAAAAGAGGAAUUUCCUUUUUGAAUUUACAGGUUAUUAGUGGUGGCACUUUUUAAGGAGUAUGGGCUAUCAAUUGCAAGUCUGCAGGCCUUGUUUUCUCUACAGUAGUACAAAUUACAUUUUAGCAUGGGCUCAAAUGUUCUUUUGUGAGAUGUGAAUGUAAAAAGACAAUAAAUUUUGACUUUGGUAAUGUUUUUGCACAUCUUAUUUGUUUAUGCAGAAGAGAGAACUGUAGUGAAAGUGUAUAUUGGUGCAGUCACUAUGAAAACUGGACCUGUGAGUGUAUAUUUCUACUUUAUCUUACUAAUGAAUGGUUCACCUCUCUCUAUCAAAAUCAUGGAGAAUAUUUUUUGAUCAUGGGAACAAACAUUUUCCUGAUUCUUCAUAAUGGGCUGUUUGUGGUAGAAGUAAGCUAUGCCAGUUUCUGCAUUUAAUCUAUCAGUUUGCAAUUUGAUACAAAUUGUUAAAGUCAUAUUGAUGCGUAUGUAUAAAUCUAUAUUGAGACACAUGUGCAAUUACACCUUCAUAUGUAUUGUAUGUGAUGAUUACCUUAUGAUUAGCAUUACUUGAUUUACUUGUGGUAGAAUGGUAUUCUGUCGUUUUCUUUAUAAAUUGCAAUUUUCUAAGUUGAAUGGUCUUUGGGAAAGACAGUGCUGAAUUGUGUGGUUUUCUUAUCGCAAUAUAGAGAAUAAUUUUAUUUUCUAGGGAGCCUCAUUGCAUGCAAAGAUGACGGAAAAAAUAUUUAUUGCUAGGAUAUCUUGCAUUCUGUUUCAUUGUUGUUGAAUGCCAAAAGUAUUAAGAGGCAUUCAUACAGAAUGCAACAAUUGCCUGUAGCUGAAAAUUUAAUGUUAAGAAUAUUGGUAUUGCACAAUUAGUUUUUGUAUGAAAGUGUAAAUGAUUUAGGUUAUUGUAACACUUAACGUAGACAUUUAUUUUCUGUUUCCAGUAUGCUAAUGUCCAUAUUUUAUAACUCUGUAAAUGUGUUGAGUAAAGUUUUCAUGACACACUGAAAUGGAAAAACUUAAUACAAAUUCCUUUGUAAUUAUAAGUCUUGCUUGUUUUGUUGUGGACUAGGCUAGAAGAAAUGUUAAUUUUCAUGUUUUUAUCACACUCUAUUAACUAACUCAUACACAUGCGUGUUUAACUUAAUUCAUAAAAACAAAAAUUUUAACACAUUUCUUUGUGUAAUGGAUGUAGUAAUUUAAUUGGCAACAAGACAUACUAUGGUCAUAUCAAUUAGUACAGUGUGUAAUAAAGUAUUUUAAUUUCAGGAGCCUAGACUUGUUAAAUUCUAAAAAUCAGUGGUUUGAAAUUGAAAUAUUGACAUGGAAAAUUGUCAUGCCCUACGUACUCCAGUUACCAAAUGUUUGAAACAAAAUUCUGUACAGUAAAUAGCAACUAGUGAGUGGAUGAAACCAGAAUACAAUUCAUUUAUUAUGUUCAAAAUGCAGCAACUUUUUCUUAGAAAUAUUGUUCAUGUUUUCUACCAAUAUUAUCUGUAGGAAAAAAAUUUUAUAAUACAUAUAUAUCAUGAGACAUUAAAGUUUCUUGCAAUACGACCCAUCUUUCAUACUUCAGCAUUUCAGGAUAUUUUGAUAAGAACAACAUAUAAUUUUUAUUUUCACAUGCAAGUUUUACAAGUACCGCUACAUCUGUAAUUUGCAGAUUGCUCACCAGAGUUCAGAUCGCUACAGCGUAUUACCCUGAACAACUGAAUAUCGCUUUGCACAGCAGGUGUUUAUGUUUUCUGUCAAAGACGCGUAUUUAUGGAAAUACGUCAUGAGACUGCUAGUUCCGAAAUAGUAAGUUACUUGUUUUCACAUUUUGUAUAUUUUGCAUAAAUGAGUAUUUAUAGUGGAAACAAAGAUUUUCCCUUGUGAUUUAUUUGCUUGACGGAGAUCUAAAUAUGGACAUUUUAUUUCGAAAGAGGCUCCAAUGAGAACCCAUCUUGUGCCUCUGCGCGGGCCAUGACGCUUGCUGAAACAUGUCUUGAGUAAAUUUUGUGUUGAAAUUAAGUUAUGUUUUCUAAGUUCACGAAAAGCUUUCAGAAGCGAAAAGAGGUGUAUUUUUUGUGUAAUUUUCAUAUUAUGAACUUAAAAUAGUAGCAAAGGUGUGGGAAAUGAAGAAGGACAUGCGCGUUAAGAGAAGGAAUUCAGGUUAGUUAAAGAAGGUACAGCUCGUGACUUGGAACAUCUCUCUGAAUUACAAGAAACAAGGUCUUGCAUGACGAUAACAUUGGCGAAGUAGCGAAAGAAAAUCGUGCUUCAUUGUUCGGGUUUGCAAACUUGUAUGUUGAAGAAUGACGCUGAAUUGUUGGAUUUUUCAUAUUAUCUGUUUCUGAAGCAGCAGAAAAGUAAAGCCAAGCAUAUAUAUGUGGAAGAACAUUUCAGGUAUUACUGAUACCAAAGUGUAGACUUUAAAGUGAUAGCAAUGAACUUUUCACCCUUUGGCAGCCACUUUCCAGCAUCAAUACCUACAAUUCAUCAAUUUGCAGCUAAAUUUUCUCAUGAUGGGGGUAGUGGUGGUCUUCCACCUCAAGCAGUCGAUGGAUCAGGAUCUCGGUAUCAUUCUAGUCCAGGACCAGCCCACUUUAACCAACACCAUCCACCUAUAGGAAUGCCUGUAAACAUGGGGAAGUAUUCUCGUGGGGAUGGUAGUAAUAAUUCUGCAGGACAGCCUCAAGUUAGCAAUAUGAUGAAUCCUAAUUCUUCAAAGUAUCAUCCUGGAGCAAAUUUAAGUGGAACACACCAUUAUUCAGGAAAUGUUGGUGUUCCAUAUAGUCAAGCAGGUACAGUUCAACAGCAACAGCCACAGCCGCCUCCACAGCAGCAGCCUCCACCUCCACCACCAAAUCGACCUACCUCAUCUCCUUCUCUGCAAGAGCAGCAACAACAGCAACAGGCCCGGCAGCUUGCUGACAAACGAGCUACAUACCAUGGAGGUGAUAUGCAGCCUCAAGAUUUGUGUGCAGCUAUGAUGCGUGAUAAUACAAUGUCAAGUGCUGAGAAAGAUAAAGAUGUGAAACGUGAAGAUGGUGGUGAUAAAGAAGAUCGCCCGGGCUCAAAUGAAGCUGAGUAUAGUGGCUCCAUGUCCUUGCAUCAUCAGCAUCACCACCACCAUGCUACACAAACUACUACUACAAUGCCAGCAACCUGGCAAAGUUUAGCUACCCCAGGAUCUACUGUUGCUGAUUAUUUAUCACAUUUGCCUGCUUCUACUUUACCCCUUAGCUUGCAUCAUUUUUUGAAGUACUCUGCUGAAAAUAUUAAAAAGGAAACAGAAAUGGCUGUUAAUGCGAGUGGCCCAGGGUUAGGUGUUGCCUCCUCUGCCACACCAGGGGUUGUAGGCAGUGCUCCAGUUCCUGGAGGUGCAAAGAAAAAGAAGAAGAAGAAGGCAAGCAAAGAAAAGAAGCCCAGACCUAAACCAGGUGAAAUUCGCCUUACAACUGCUUUGGAUGGAUCUACUUUAUACUGCUGCCCUGAGUGUCACAUGGCCUACCCAGAAAAGGAACUUCUGGAACAGCAUUUAUUAGGUCAUACACUUGAACGUCGCUUUGUGUGCGACAUCUGUGGAGCAGGUCUGAAACGUAAAGAUCAUCUGACACGUCACAAGCAGAGUCACAAUCCUGAACGUCCGUAUGUUUGCACAGUUUGCCUCAAAGCAUUUAAACGAAAGGAACAGCUGACUUUGCAUUUUGUGAUACAUUCAGGUGAAAAGCGGCAUAUCUGCACUGAAUGUGGGAAGGGCUUUUAUCGCAAAGAUCAUUUGCGUAAGCACACACGCAGUCACAUUGCUCGCCGUGUGAAAGCUGAGCUUAGCCAGCAUGCUCCACAGCCACAACAUACUCCUACUCAGCUUCCUGUGGCUGCUGUUUCUGCCGAACAACCUCCUCCUCUGCUCUCCUGAAUGUCAGCCAAUGGGAACUAUGCCAAUGUUCCCAGCCUUCUGAACUCGGAUCUCCUGGCGUUUGUAUCUGCUGCUAAGGAUGCAUUUUAGUAUGUUACGCCCUUGUGUGUGAAAGUUCUUCUAGAAAACAAUAGCAAAGAUGGCUUAGGCAAGCCAUGCAAGACUGAUGGCGUCUGACCUCUUUGUAAUACCUGCAAAAUUGCUAGCCUGUAGGAUAGCUUCACCUAUAGUACAGCCAAUAGAUGCAGCAAUUCUGUAUUCAAGACCCCAAAUUUGUAACACUUGUGUUGUAUUUCGGUAAUUAGGGUCUUUGGAAUAAUAGUGACAUUUUAUCAAUAGGGCGUAUUGACGUAAAAAAUACCUCACAAAAAUAUAUGCAACAAAUUAUUUCACCAUUGUCUUGAUGGUUUACCUGAGUACUGAACCAUUGAAAAUCACGUGUAUAAAGUAAUGCGAGACAAUGGGUACAGCUGUCAGUUACCCAUAGAAUAAGACACAACAGCAUUAUAUCAGAUCUGUUUUUGUUUCUAUUUAUUUUUCUGGAAUGUUGGUUGUGAAAAUUACCUAUUAGUUUUAUAUAUACUUUUUUAAGUUAUACUGUGCCAUUUGUCUAGUUAGUAGGCCUAGUAUUUUAUCACUUUGUGGUCUGUAAAUUUUGAUUUGUUAUAUUGUAUUAAGGCUUCCGCGAGUCUCUUGUGUACUGGAGAUCAAGAGCCUUUAAUUGUAUGGAACAGGAAUGUUUCUCAAGAAAUACUCAUAAGCAUUUUACAUGUAUUUUAAGCAAAGGGAAGAAUGUUUUCUGGAGGACAUACUCAAGUAUUCAGAUAUCUAUGCAGUUUUUUUUAAUGUAGAUGGCUUUUCCUCUGGAAUUCCAAAGUAUUAUUUUUAGUAAGUGUUAGUGUAUUGCCAGCAUGCUGAUGUUGGCUAGUGUAUUAAUGCCGUAUAAACUCAGCUCUGCAUCACAGGUUGAGAUUGAAUAGCAGAAUAUUUUAAAGUAAAGAACAGAAUCAGGAUGUUUUGAAAGUCAGCGAUAUGAUACAAGAAACUAAACAUACAAUCCUGCCAUCAAGGUGCCAAUACAACCUUCCCAUGAGCAACUUUUCAGACAUGGGAAACAAUCUCCCGCAUGCAAUGCAAUUUAAUUUAGUACAUUUCGCUUUAUACCAAAACCAAACAAUUGCAUCUAAAUAUUUACUCAUACAGCAUGGAUGAUUGUGUGCAAGUUUGAGGAGAACUGUAAUAGUCGACGUCAAGAAUUCUUGGCAUGUAUUGUAGUCUUACCAGUGAUCAUAUUCUGUGAAUAUACAAAAAUUCCUUGAGAUAGUACAAAACAUUCUGACUGACAUAAUUAAAUAUUACGCUUUUUUUUUCUUCCAGUCUACAAGAAUGCUUGCUUCCCUGUGUGAAUGUCUGUGGUAUAUCUCUGCUUGAGGUAUAUAUAAAUUGAGUACCUAUUGUUGUUUAUAGUUUGCAUUCUUUAUGACCCGUACACCUCAGUGUUGCUUAUGUAAUGAUGAUUAAAGUCUGUAUUGAGAAUGAAUUGCUUUUUUUUUCUUUCUUUUACUAAACAAGAUCCCUAACCUGAAUAAAACUUUGUGAAUUUGGCAAAAAAAAGAGUUGUUUGUGAAACAUUUGAGAUUUAAUGUGUGGCAAUUUGUUGGUUGAAAGCAUUGAUGGCCAACGUGAUGCGAUUAGAUGCGGUAACUCGAAGCCUCUCCCUCUCCGUGUACGGAAACAAGAUGGCCGCCGACGGUUCAUAGAAUACGGUGUUUAUAAUUGAACAUGGUCACAGUCGCGCGCAAAUUGCUAAGAAGUGGCUUUCCACCGAGUGCAAUGUAAAGGGAUAUGGGGAAAAAGGCACACAGACAUUGAAAUAUAUUUAUUCAGUCUCAAAAAAUUGCAUUAUAAAAGUUCAGUGUUACAAAGGCACAUUCAGCUUUUAAAACUAAUAUAAAAAUGGAAUGAGCAAUAUGUAUGUUGAAACAUCACAGCCUAUUUCGUUAAAAAGUUCUAUAAACAAAUACUCUUUAGGGUAAUGGGCAUGUCAACAUUGUUCUAAGCAUAUGUCAAAAAAAUAAUUAUCAAAAAUGUCAUUAUUGUCAGGCUCAAUACUGUAAGUUCUAAUUAGUUCACAAUAGCUUCAUACCUUCUCAGUCCAACAUCUUAUUGUCAGUUAUCAUAUGUCUAUAAACUUUGCCUUGCCACCAUUUUACAUCAC